CAACAACCGGUGUCCGCACAAGUUGUGGCAUAAUAAGAAAGCCCAGAAAAAAGAUGUCGGCAGUCGGGUCACUGCUUUACAACAGCCUGCCGCUGCAGCGCAAGCAGGAAACUGUUAUGGGCGUGCUGCGUGACAGGCUAGGGACCUACCUUGAGUUCGACGAGAAUGCUACCGCUACAACUGGCACAGAUGGACGAGCUCCUGCAUCAUCCUCAGAGGGAAGUAGCAGCAAUAUCUUUGACCUUGUCACAAAGAAGGGCUUCUCCUUGCACAACUGUCGUCUGCGGUCUGCCGCAGUGCAAGAGCUCUUAGGCUUACCGUUUGACGUGGGCGGCGUGGCGGAGGAGGUGCGGAUAUCUGUGGGUAAAGAAGGCGAGGACCAAGGCUGGCUCCAUCUCCUGCGAACUGGCGAUCUGUGCGUGCUGUUGAAGUUAAGAAACUAGAACUACCUUGUCUUCGGGUCAACCUACUUGUUGAGGAAUAUUGGUGAAAACUCAUCUCGUCCUUUUCCUAGUCUGCCUACUUGUUCGCUGAAUGAUACCACAGUACAUGCGCGUGGUCGUCUGCCAGCUCGUUUGUUGAAUGAUACCACAGCACAUGCACAUGGUAAUCCAAGAACGACCAUAGAACAUCUUACUUAAUACUGGUUGUCGGCUUAGGGAUAUUGGAACUGGGUCUAGACAUAGGCAUAGCGUCAGGAGCUCUGAGUGCUCCACUCUUCUAACCUAGGACCUGAAGAUAACGAUCAAGCAGGCUACGUCGUGCAGAGCCGGCGACUCAGAAAAACUGGCUGAAACCAGAGUACAAAACAAGCGCAGAGCAGGCCUCGUUGCUAAUGAUGCGCGAAUACAAAUCGAAACGAGUUCCUCCACCUUAUGGCGUGGCUUGUGUUCUUACAAGAUUUUUGAGAAAAAGAGUUUGAAUGUGAAGUAGAUGAGUUUGACAUAUAGCAUGUAUUUUGCUACUUCCCGAAGUAGAAAAUCUCGAGUCUUUAGACGGAGGACUAGUUGUAUUCCGACUAGCCCAAGUCUAUUGCUUUAGUACUACUCCUCCCCAAUUUAUUCAAUUUUUGCUUUGAUAGUACUCCUCCUCUUAUUUUCACUUGGUAGGUUAAUAGAAUUAGAAUGAUUGUUGGUCUUAUCUCUCUUUCAUGUCCAAGCGGCGGUGGUGGCAUGUUCUAGCGCAUGG